ACCACUCUGGAGGGGGUGCAGAGGGAGCUGUCCAGUCUACAGGAGCUCAGCAGUCACCAUAAGAAGAGAGCAGCAGAGAUCCUCAGUCUACUGCUCCGAGACCUCAGUGACAUAGGAGGCAUCAUCGGCACCAGUGACCUCAAGGCUGUAAGGACACACAUUCUAAAAAAAUAUUACACAAUUAUGCACUUACACACAUAUACACACUCUGUCAUUGAGACACACUACCUGUUACAAACAGUUUUCCAUACAAGCACAUAUUCCAUACACGCACACACACACACUCUCUCACUCAGUCCUGAUCUCUCUCUGCUCCUCAGAUGAUGGAGGUGAAUGAGGUCAUUGAGGAGGAGUUCACCAUGGCCCGUCUUUACAUCAGUAAGAUGAAGUCGGAGGUCAAGUCUCUGGUGAACCGCAGCAAACAGCUGGAGAGCUCCCUUGUCGACACCUCCCGCAAGAUGCAGGCCAAUGAGAAGGAGCUGGCCUCCUGUCAGUUACUGAUCUCCCAGGUAACCAGGAAGUGGAUUUAACAUAAUUUUCUAUAUCUAGAAAAAAAAGUCCACUCUCAUUGUCCUUCAAGAGUUGUUCAAUAUUUUCCUUUCUUCAGUUUACUAUUCUGUUCAUGCAGCUUGGUUGGUAAGUGAGGUAGUAGCUAGGUUUCCAUCCAAUUGGCGACAGAUUUUGAUGUGAAUAUUCUAAAAUCUGCAUAAAAACAAUAUGUGCAUUUUCCCACCAGAGAUGUGUUUCCAUCAAAUUGACUUGUUGCAGAUAAAAGGCUGUGCGUGAUGACGUAGUACACAUAAAAUACCUUUUGUGGUUCAAUUCACAUGUACUGAAUAAAAAACUACAAGUUAAAUGGGUUUCCAUCACAUUUUCAACUCUACUGAUGGUUUUCUCACAAAAGAUAUUGCGUUAUAUAGCGAACGUGCCCACUCUGGUAUUGGCAUGUGCACUUUAGCCAACAGCGCUAUCUAGAGCACAUAUAUAGCCUACAUGAUAAGAUUAUUAUUAUGGACAAAAGAGCAAGAUGCUUUUUAUUUGUCAAACGGUAGCCAAGCAUUAAUUAUCAUGUCACCAGAAUAAGACCCUCGAUAUUUAUUGGAAAGGAGCAUCAAGCUCAUCACCUUGCACUUUCACCACCCUGUGAAAUUAAUAAUUUAUUUCAUCUGUAGCCUAAUAAACGGCAUGCUUUCCUGACAAGUUGUAGUGGGAGGACGACACAACAUGUCAUCGCGACUCUAAGUUAACUUUGAUAUGAUGGUUAUUACAGUAUAUCAAUAUUUGCACAUUAAAAGCGUUUCCACCAACAUUUUCACCGACAAUAAUUCAUUUUAUCGACACAGAAAUAUCUCACCUUGUCUAGCGUAUUUUGUUUUGUCAACAUUUGGAAAGUUUACCGAAAACAGUUCUGUUUCCAUCAUGCCUGUCAUUACAUUUUUUAUUUUACAUGUACUUUACUCUCAUAAAAAGAUUGGAUGGAAGCCUGGUUAGAGACAGUAUUAUUUUCCCCUGUUAUUAACCCCGUCCCUGCCUGAUGGUGUGGGUUCUCCAUGCAGCACCAGGCUAAGAUCAAGUCUCUGACAGACUACAUGCAGAACAUCGAGCAGAAGAAGAGACAGCUAGAGGAGAGCCAGGACUCACUGAUGGAAGAGCUACACUCACUACAUGCACAGGGUGAGACACACAGAGACACCAACACAAACAUGCCUGUCAUCAAUCAUUCCAUCACAUGAAAAAAACAAUUUCUCUUGUUUUGUCUUCACAGAGAAAAUGAAAGAGGUGCAUGUGAUGGAUAAGCAGAAGGAGCACCUGACCAAACUGCAGGAUGCAGUGGAGAUGAAGGUAAAGAUCUCUCAAUUUCUCUCAUCCUCCCUCUCUCAUCCCUCCCAUGUUCUGUGCACCCCCUUGCUUUCCCCCCCACUUUCUUUCAAGUUCCUGUGAAAGAUAAAUCAAAUCAACUUUAACUUUGACCCUUGACCCUAUGUUCCCCUCUGCACUCUGUAGAAGACCCUAGAGGAGCAGAUGGAGAACCACAGAGAGGUCCAUCAGAAGCAGCUGUCUCGCCUGCGGGAUGAGAUCGACCACAAGCAGAGGGUCCUGGACGAGCUCAAGGAGUAAGAUCAUUUUUAUUUAUUUAAGUUACAGGUAUUUUUAAAGUCCCAUUUCAGGUAGUUAACAUAGUCCCAUGAGAUAAUGAGAGUAUGUAGAGUGUACCAUUGGUUUCUACUAUACUGAAUAGUGACCACUGUGGUCUCCCUCUAGUCUGAACCAGGGGCUGCAGCUGGAACAGAGGAAGCUGCAGUCAGACUAUGACAAACUGAAAGCCGAGGAGCUGGAGAAGGACGAGAAGCUGCAGAAGCUUGUGUAA